UGAAAACGUGAAUGGAAAAUACUUCCAAAAGUUUUCAAAAAGAUGAUACAAACAAAGUUUGUAAAACAUCUAAAAGUAUUGAUAAGCAUAAAAAAGAAGUGGAAAAGUCGACAAUGUAUAGUAAAGACGGCAUGCUGACUCCAACAAUGGUGAUGCGUUUAAAUCCCGAUGUUGUCUUGCCGCAUGCUCAAGCCGAAGAUGAGUGCAUGAAUUCCGAUGACGAGAAUUCGCAAAAAAGCAAUGACAACAGGUCAGAAGACAAACAAGAAAAGCAGUUUGGAGCUCUGGAUAUGAGAGAAAGUACACAAGGAGUACAAAAGGGUGUCAACACGAAUAAAAUGUCUUCGAGUCUUAUUAGACGUUUAGUUGUUCCAGCGCAUCGAUUGUCUCCUUUACGUAAAAAUUGGGAAAACAUUGUCAAGCCACUUGUAGAACAUAUGAAAUUGCUUGUUCGCAUGAACGUUAAAAGACGUUGUGUGGAAUUAAAAAUGUCAUCAAAAACCCCUGAAGUUUCAUAUUUACAAAAAGGAGCUGAUUUUGUUCGCUCAUUUCUUUUAGGUUUUGAUAUCCAAGAUGGUCUGGUUUUAUUACGUUUAGACGAUUUAUUUUUAGAAUCAUUUGAAAUUAAAGAUGUGAAACGUUUAGUAGGAGAUAAUUUAUCCCGAUGUAUUGGUCGUAUAUCUGGGAAAGAAGGGAAAACGAAAUUCGCUAUUGAAAAUGCUACUCGCACUCGCAUUGUUUUAGCUGAUACUCAUAUUCAUAUUUUAGGAGCUUUUCAAAAUAUUAAGAUGGCAAGAGAUUCUAUUUGUGCAUUAAUCUUAGGAAGCCCGCCUGGAAAAGUUUACAACCGUUUACGUACAAUUUCUCGUCGAUUACAAGAACGUUUUUAAAUGUUGAAUAUAUUAAGGAAACGAUUUCAUAUUCUCGUGCAGAUCACUAAUAAGGUGCAAUAAAAAAAUUUAUUGUUUUUUUUUGUUAGCGUUUUGUUUUUGUUAAUAUUUAAUUUUUCUUUAAAAAAAAGCGUAAUUGUAAUAAAAUACAAAAAAAAAUAUAUACAUCGUUGUU